CUAUUAUUUGAAUAUAUGAAAUAUCUUAUGAAAAUAAUUUCACAAUUUGUUUUGACGGAGGUACAUAUUUUCAUCAGUAAAUUACGACCAGCUACACUAUUUAUAGAACAAUAUAAUUAAAUGACACAAAGCAGCUGUACUAUGUAGACUGAAAACUCCGUGUAGAGAUUCAUUAAACAAUAAACCACAUGCCCGUAUUGUGUGCAGUUUAAGUUCGAGCACUUGUUUUCGUACAUGGCUGAUUACUAAACGAUGAAAUAUUUUUUUAAUGGCAAUGUAACUGUUUCAUUGUUUAACGGAAACAUUGAGUGAAAAUGUCAACAUGUGAUUGAUAAUAUGGAAUAUCAGACACGGCAUGAAAAAGGGAAAACGAGUCUUUUUCAGUCCCUUGAAACGUUCAAAAUUGACAAGAAUUAUUUAUGUACUUUAUAUAGCAAUUGUUCUAUUUAUUUGUAUGAUACUCUUAACUCCGCGAAUCGUGGGAUUGUUUCAAAGAAUUUUCUGUCGGACUUUUAACAAAAAUUUUUGCGAGGUGCUUAUCGGCUAUGAUGCCGUGUACAGGAUUGGUUUUGCAUUGGCUGUUUGGUUUUUUGUUUUGUCACUCCUAACACUUGGUAUAUCAUCAAGUAUUGACGAAAGAGCGCCAAUCCAAAAUGGAUGUUGGUUGUUAAAGACAACGGGACUAAUAAUUUUGGCUGUCAUUUUUGUGUACAUACCACACAGCGAAUAUAAUGGGGAAAUUUGGUUAUUUUUCGGCUUAAAUGCUGCAUUUUGUUUCAUCAUCCUUCAGUAUGCGUUCAUCCUCGAUGCUUCAAACUAUCUUUGUGUUGUGUAUGAAGAAAUAAUCAAGAAUAAGUCUUUUCCAUACUCAUCGUACAUUAUGGCUUCAUUUGAAGCUGCAAAAACAGUCACAACGAUUUUCUUGUUCAUCGUGUCGUUAACUUCGUGCAUUGUAUUCUACUUCAUUUACGCAUCUUUCAACCGAUGCUUUCAUAACUUCGUUUUCUUAACUUUUCACCUCAUCAUGUGCAUUGCGUCAUCGUUGAUCUCUACACUUCCUGUUGUACGCGACGCCAAUCCGCAUAUAGGCCUGUUUCAGUGCUCCGUCACAUCGUUAUACUGCACCUAUGUGAUGUGGUUAGCAUUCUCAAGUGAACCGAAUGCGAGGUGCAAUCCUUCGAGUCCCAUCAAUAUCCCUCAUCACCUUUUUCGAGAUUUUACCCAUGCACAGUUUUGCGAAGUUGAGCCGGCGAUUCAGGAUUCUGUGACACGAGAUAAAUCAAAUGUUUCCAAUGGAAUGGAAGAUACCCAAGUCCAUGAUGGUACAGCUGCAAUCAUCUCAAAACAGCUGACGCGAACGAGUAACGUCGUUUGCAAUGGUUACUCGGAAAUUUGUGAAGAUAAAAAGAAAGCAAACUUGUUCUUGGAAAACCAAAAAUACUGUUGUUUUUGUUCAAGUAGUCAAUUUACUAAAAGUCCUAAUGAACGUUCACCUGUGGAAUCCGAGGAAGGUUUGGCAUGGGAUGACACAUUUCUUUCAUCUGAUGCAUCUCACAAAGAAGAGAACUUUGCUUCAAAUUUAUUCCAUUCUUCUCCAAUAGAAUUGAACAUUGCAGAAAACAAGCAUUUCACGCAUGCGCAAAGAAAGUCUGGAGAUUAUGAAACUUGUUGCAGCCAGCAAAUGAAUACAUUUGAAACACCUGCGAGUGGGUUGAUAACAAUAUUGAACGAUGAGAUUGAUGGAACUGAGUACAGUUAUUCUUUCAUUCAUUUGACGUUUACUUUAGCAACAUUAUAUCUCGUCAUGUCUAUUACGAACUGGUAUAGAUUAGAUGAAGGACAAUAUCUUACAGUGAGACUGGUGCGAAGCUGGAGUACGGUAUGGCUGAGAAUAUCUGCAAGCAUCUUUUGUUCGUUUAUCCUUAUAUGGUCCAUGGUUGUACCCCUGAUGUUUCCCAAUACAUACCAGGAUCUUCUUUUCUUUCAGUAUUUGACAUCGUUACCGCCAUAGGGAUCUCGCCCGAAUUGUUUUGUUGACUCUUCCUGCUCCAUUGUUCACUUUUUUAUUUCAUGUGCUCAUUCUUCUACCAUUUGUGUCUACGUUUAUAACUCAUUUUCUUAUCCUUCUAGCUUAUAUGCUCACCCUUCUACAUCAUUUUGACUCGUCUAUCUUAUACAUUCACUCUUUUAGCUCUUCCCUCUACUUUCCUAACACUUGUACUUCACCUACUAGACUAAAAACUGCCGUGUCGUGUCACAUCAAUUGUAUGAAAUUCAACAGUCGUUUAGGUUCAUUGGAUGGGGUCCUUGGGAUGAAUAAGACUAACAGUUUUUGAGAGAGAAUAUAUCCUUUCUGGGCCGUGCUACGUUUUUCUCAUUGCGCAUGUGUAUUCUAUUUCUGUUGAUGCAAGAUGUACGUGCACGUCAAAUCGACGAAUUCCUCAAAAUGCUUCAAAUUCAAGUAUAU